GACGUCUGCUGUAUACACUAUUUACAGUCAUCUUCGUAUGUCUUCGUCGCCAUUACAGUCCAGUUCAUUUGGAAAAUUCUGUUUAUUUUUUGUUAUUACUGAUAUAGUAAUCAUCCAAUCACUUGAUCACAGUGUUUGAGAUGAAAGUAUCGGAAACGGUGAUCCACACAAUUUGACGAUAUGUUAUUAUACAAUUUAAAUCAAAUGCAUCGGAUGCUUCUCAUUCGUGCACUAUCACAACAGAAUGCAUGGGAGGAUGUUGCUAAACGAUUUGACUUAGAUCCUGCUAUUCAUUUAAAGCAACCCUCAGCAUAUAGCCUUAUCAGUGCCUUAGAAAACAGAAACUGUACUGUGGAAAAUCUAAAAGAAUGUCUAUGUGAACUACAGCUCCAUGAAGCUUUGUCAAUCAUCAGUAAACCAGAGUAUGACCUUAAUACAGAGAAGCUACGCUUUGUCAAACAACCAUAUUGUGUAGAAACAGAAGACGUUGUAAAGGAAGAUGAUGCUCUCUGCAUAAGAGCUGGUGGCAAACUACAUUUAAAAGUUGAGGCAGUUGGUUGCCCUUUUCUUUCAUAUCAAUGGUUUCGUGAUAAUAAUAAUAUACCUCAGGAGAAAACACCAGAACUUAUAAUUACGAACUUUAGUGAUGAAAUGGAAGGCCUAUAUUACUGUACUGUUCAGCAACUUAAGGACUAUGGAUGGAAAAGGACAGUUAUAUCUGAGGAUGUAACAGUUAAAAUUAACAUUAAAGUUCUACGUGAAAAACCAAGAAUACUGUCCUGUUUUCCCUCUGAAAAAUGUGUCCUGGAAUGUGGCCAAACUUUAAGUGCCAGAAUUGAAGUGCUACCUGGCCUUAAAACACAAUUCACAUGGGUGCACAAGCCAAAAGAAAAAGACACAAGAAAACCCACACCAAUGUGGAAAUUCACUUCAAAUAUCCUAGAAAUUCCAAAUGUAAACGAAGAAAAUGAUGGAAUUUAUGAAUGUCGUGUCAGAAAUAGGUAUGGGGUAGUUACAAAAACGUUUGAAUUUGAUGUAAAGAAAAAGAGAUCUUUCCCGACAGCAAAGAGAGCUCUGAUUGUGACAAACAGUUUAUAUCAAACUGACCAGCUUCGAACACCACAUAAUGAUGCUGAGACUUUGUUUCAAUGCCUGUCUAAAUAUAAUUUUGAAUGCACUAUGGAAGAAGAUCUUUCUGCCGAAGAUAUGAGAAGAGUGAUAAAAGAAUUUUUUGACACAGUGGAAAAAGGUGCUUUUGUCCUCUUUUACUUUGGUGGCCAUGGAUGUAUGGUAAGCAACUCCUUGUAUAUGAUGGGUUGUGAUUCUGAUUUGACAAAUGUAAAAGAAAACCAAGUGGUUGGAGCACAUAUUUUAGAAUAUGUUGACAAACGUCAGCCACUCCUCUUCAUUUCAAUAUUGGACAUGUGUCAAACAUGUGUUAUGCUACCAAACAAUAACUCGGAAGAAAAGCAAAGCAAAAAUAAAUGGAACUGUAAUGUGAUCCAGUGUUGUUCUACAUCUCAAAAUAGAGCAGCUUUGGAGGAGUCUAUAGGAUCAGCUAAAGGAAACUCCGUUUAUAUGAAGCACUUUGAAAAUAUAAUCAAUACCAAACCUAACAUUCCGUUUCUUGAUAUGGUCCGAGAAGUUAACAUCAGUGUUGGUGAAGAGACAAUGGAACAAAGACCAUCAGUAACACUCAUAGGAAGAAGUGAUUUUCAACUGUCUGAUCCUAUUCAACGGGUUUGACACAACUAGCUCCAUGCAGCAGACCAAAGAAUAUAUUUACCGGUAUAUAUAAAUAAAUGGAGGUUAUCUUUAAUCUUUGUGAUAUAUUUUUUUUAAAAAUAACAGUAAUAAAUCAUGAACAAACAGUUA